AUGGGGUGCAAGCUGACAUUCGUGGACGACAUCCUGAACAAAUCCUUCUACAAACUCGGCCUAAUAGUGGGAAGGCAACCGGGGUACUUCAUCAUCAUCCCAGUCCUGCUGACCCUGCUGAUGAUCACGGGUUACCAACGGGUUCACUAUGAAAUGGACCCUGAGUACCUGUUCUCUCCCGUCAGUGGACAAGGAAAGUUGGAGAGGAGAAUAGUCGAGGAGCAUUUCAAAGUCAACUACUCCCACAGGUUUAAUGUUGGGAGGAUCACAAGGGCAGGACGGUUCGGUCGCGUGAUCAUAGUAUCCAAAGACAACGACACGAACAUGCUACGGACGGAGGUGUGGAAGGAGCUGCGAGAUCUGGAUGAGCUGGUGCAGAACAUAACGGUCACGCUGCCAGACGGGGAGACCUUCACGUAUAGGGAGGAAUGCGCGCGCUGGGAGGGCCAGUGCUUCGUCAAUGACAUCCUAAACCUUGACAAAAUCAUAGGAGAGGUGGAGCGCGGCGAGCUAAACCUCACAUUCCCCAUAAUGUUCAACCCGGUGACGUGGGAGGCCCAUGCCUUCCCCGUAUUCUUCGGCGGGUCCAAGGUGGUGGACGAUACCAUAGUGUCGGUGCCGGCGGUGCAACUGGUGUGGUUUGUGAGAACCGACAACAAGAUACAGACAGAACGAGGUGCCGCGUGGGAAGACGCAUUUCUCGACGCGGUCGGCAUCGCAGAAGAUACUGGCCGCUUCAAGCACAUAUCUGUCGCGCGAUUCGGUUCCCGAACCCUUGACCACGAGCUGGAGAAAAACACCAGAACUGUCAUCCCUUACUUCAGCUCCACGUUCAUACUGAUGGGCAUAUUCUCCAUAGUCACGUGCAUGAUGGCAGACUGGGUGCGGUCGAAGCCAUGGUUAGGCCUACUAGGAAACAUAUCUGCUGUUAUGGCGACCUCAGCCGCUUUCGGUUGCGCCAUCUAUUUGGGAAUCUCCUUCAUCGGCAUCAACUUGGCCGCUCCCUUCUUGAUGAUUGGUAUUGGUAUCGACGAUACGUUCGUGAUGCUGGCGGCUUGGCGGCGAGCCUCCCCCAAACUGGACGUGCCCGAACGAAUGGCGAUUAUGCUGUCGGAGGCAGCCGUAUCGAUCACCAUCACCUCCGUCACAGAUAUGUUGUCGUUCUUCAUCGGCGUCUUCUCGCCGUUCCCUUCAGUGCAGAUCUUCUGCAUGUAUUCAGGUCUAGCAGUUUGUUUCACAUUUAUAUGGCACCUCACAUUUUUCGCCGGUUGUGUAGCGGUCUCUGGUUACCGAGAGAAACAAAAUCGACACACCAUCACUAUGUUGAAAGUCUUGCCAGAAUCUAGAGCUCGGAAAGAAAAGAGAUCGUGUAUGUACCGAUUAUUCUGUACUGGCGGGAUAGACCCAGCUGAUCCUGAUAACCCUAUAGACAACAGAGAACAUUGCAUCAUGUCAUUCUUCAAAACUACAAUGGCGGAUAUCCUAAAUAAUGGGCUAGUGAAAACCUUUGUCAUCAUCAUAUUCCUGGCUUACUUGGCCGGUGCCGGGUACGGAGUCACCAACCUCAACGAAGGGCUUGAACGGAGGAAGCUUUCGAAAGAGGAUUCUUACUCUGUGGAGUUCUUCGACCGAGAAGAUCUUUACUACAGAGAAUUCCCAUAUCGAAUUCAGGUGGUGAUAACAGGAAAUUACAAUUAUUCGGAUCUAAUGAUACAAGAUGAGGUGGAACUUUUAACUCAGAGACUAGAGAACACGUCGUACAUUUCAAAUUCGCUGUACACAGAAUCGUGGUUACGAACAUUCAUCAAUUACGUAUCGAGAAAUAACGACUAUUUGAAUGUCACCAUCGACAACGAACCUGACUUCAUACAAAAUCUUAAAGAAUUAUGGCUAUUUCCCGCAAAUCCAUUCUCUUUGGAUGUCAAGUUCAACGAAGCCGGAGACCGCAUAAUCGCUUCCAGAUUCCUGAUACAAGCCAUCAAUAUCAGCGGCACUAAUCACGAAAAGGAAAUGGUCAAAGUGUUAAGAGAUGUAGUAGCUCAGUCGCCUUUAAACGCGUCUGUGUUUCAUCCAUACUUCGUUUUCUUCGAUCAGUUCGAGCUGGUCCGGCCAACUUCAAUCCAGAACCUCUCUUACGGCGCGUUAAUGAUGAUGAUCACAUCAUUCAUAUUCAUUCCCAACAUUCUCUGCUCACUAUGGGUUGCGUUUAGUAUUAUUUCUAUAGAAAUCGGAGUAGUUGGAUACAUGGCUUUAUGGGAUAUAAAUUUAGACUCCAUAUCCAUGAUAAAUCUUAUAAUGUGUAUCGGUUUUUCUGUCGACUUCACCGCCCACAUUUGUUACGCAUACAUGGCAUCCAAAGCGAAGUCACCAGAUGCUAGAGUUAGUGAAUGUCUGUUUUCAUUGGGGUUGCCCAUUGUUCAAGGAUCAUUCAGUACCAUUCUUGGCGUAGUAGCCUUGCUUCUGGCUGACAGUUACAUAUUUUCAGUUUUCUUCAAAAUGGUAUUCAUGGUUAUAUUCUUUGGAGCGAUGCACGGUCUGUUCUUACUUCCUGUUCUGCUAUCUUUGUUUGGGCCUGGGUCGUGCACCAGAAAACAAGAAGACAUAAAAAUGUCAAAGAUAGAGAAAUGUUACCCUCACCCUUACUGCCUGCCACAUCCGCAACUGGUUCUUAACGAUCAGAUAUUUAAUGGAAAAACUUUAAACCCCAAUGGAGUCUACAAAAUCUAUGGUGAUGAUAAAGACCUUGGUAUCGGCACAUCCGGGGAAGACACGAGUGAGAGUAGUUCGAACCAAUCGCAGCGGCGACAACUGGACAAUGAGAGUGGACGUACAAAAUACGAGGACGGUUGGAAGAGAUCAAGCUACUGCCAGAGUGCGAGUCAGUUUCAGCCAUCUGGAGAACUAGAUAUGUACGGUCACGAGUUAGACAGGACAUGGCAACGGCAACGCUACGAAGACAAUAGGAGAGUAUUUGAAAAUUAUAGGAAAGCGCCACCUAUGCCUAGGUCUAGAGACGAUGACUGGGUUGCUUCGGCGCGUAAAACUAGCGACGAUGGACCUCGACGCGAAGGCACCUAUAGAGUGAUGAGAGCUCACUCACACCACAAUAUACAUAGACCACGUGCUCCUAGACGCUCAAAUUCUCAUCAGAAUCUCGAACAUUUAGACUACGUAGCCGAAAUGCGUUUCCCUUGA